AGAGAUGCUCUUUUGGAGUUCAAACACGAGUUUCCUUUAAGUUAUAUGAGUUCUUGGAACAAGAGCAGUGAUUGUUGUUCCUGGGAGAAUGUAACGUGCGAUACUAGAUCUGGCAAGGUGAUUUCUCUUGACCUUAACAACAUUCCUUUCAACAACUCUUUGAAACCAAAUAGUGGUCUUUUCAAACUCCAAUAUCUUCAACACCUAGCCAUUUCCUUUUGCAAUCUCAAUGGGGAGAUUCCUUCUUCAUUAGGAAAACUUUCUCAUCUCACUUAUCUUGACCUUUCACAAAAUGAAUUAGUUGGUCAAGUUCCAACUUCAAUUGGAAACUUGACCCAACUAAGCUCCUUGAUCCUCCCUGAUAACCACUUGAGUGGAAAACUUCCAGUUUCAUUUGCCAAUUUAACGAAACUUUCCACACUUCACCUCACUAAUAAUAACUUCGAAUCUGAGCUCCCACAUGAGAUGAGUAGACUCCACAACUUGGAGUAUGUUCUCUUAAGUGGAAACUCAUUUUCUGGGCCUUUUCCUACAUUUUUGUUCACGAUUUCUUCGUUACAAAUGGUUUAUUCGAGGAAAAACCAGUUCAAGGGACCUAUAGAGUUUGGGAAUAUAUCUUCAUUCUCUAGUCUUCGUGCUCUGUCCCUUUCCAGUAACCAAUGCGAUGGCCCAAUCCCUGAAUCUAUAUCUAAGUUUGUUAAUCUCAACAUCUUAGAUCUUAGUUUCAACAAUUUCACUGGGUCAAUACCCAGAUCAAUAUCAAAGUUAGCCAACCUCCAUUACCUUGAUCUCUCCCACAAUAAGUUAGAAGGCGAAGUACCACAUUGCUUAUGGAGAUUGCAACUGUUGAAGCUUUCUUACAAUUCUUUUAGCAGUUUUGGAAAAUCAUCUCAAGUUUUGGAUGGGACACAAAUGAAUGUGUUGAGUCUUAUAUCAAAUUCAUUUCAAGGACCAUUUCCCCAUUUGAUAUGUGAUCUUAGAUCGUUAGGUUUCUUAGAUUUGUCCAUCAAUAACUUCAGUGGCGUGAUUCCUCCAUGUUUAAGGAAUAACACUAAUCUUGAAGUUCUUAAUCUCAGCUACAACAAUUUCAGUGGUACUUUUCCUGAUAUGUUUGUCAAUGUUACCAAUUUAAACACACUUGAUGUUAGCUGGAAUCAGUUGGAAGGAAAGCUCUCAGAGUCCAUGAUAAAUUGCAAAGCUCUGAAACAUUUGAAUGUGGGAAGCAACAAAUUCAAGGAUAAAUUUCCAUCUUGGUUGGGCUCUCUACCAUCGUUAAACGUCCUCAUCCUCCGAUCAAAUCAAUUCUAUGGGCCGCUAUAUGAUCACCAAGUCUCCACUGGAUUUCAAAAUCUAAAAGUCAUUGACAUCUCACAAAAUGACUUCAUUGGAGCCAUCCCAUCUUUCUAUUUUUCCAGCUGGCGUGCCAUGGCCACAUCAGAAUAUGAUAACAUGUACAUGGAAAAUUUCAUGGUGUAUGUUGCUAUGUACCGUAAUUCAAUGGAGUUUAUGCACAAAGGAGUAGAAAGAGAAUUUACAAGGAUCCGAGAAGACUUCAUAGCCAUUGAUUUUUCGGAAAACAAAUUUGGUGGAAGAAUCCCUGAAUCUAUUGGAUUGUUGAAGGGGUUGCGUCUACUCAACUUGUCAAGUAAUGCUUUCACAAGUGACAUACCUCAAUCAUUGGCAAAACUGAUAAAUCUUGAGGCAUUAGACCUAUCCCGGAAUCAAUUGUUAGGCCAAAUUCCUCGAAAUCUUGGUACGCUCUCCUUUUUAUCAACCAUGGACUUCUCCCACAACAAUCUCGAAGGUCCAAUACCACAAAGCACACAGUUUCAAAGCCAAAAUUGUUCUUCAUUCAUGGGCAACCCCAGACUUUACGAUCUUAGUGGAAUCUGCGGAAAACCUCCUGUCCCAAAUCUUACACCACGUGAAUUUUCAGAGCCUAAAGAACAAGUGAUUAACUGGAUAGCAGCGGCAAUAGCAUACGUACCUGGUGUUUUUUGCGGCUUGAUGAUUGGACAUAUCUUCGUAUCACAAAAACAUGAGUGGUUCAUGGAAAAGUUCCAUGGAAACAAGCCCAGCGUAGUAAUCAAAAGCGCACGUUGA